CCCAUCGAACUCGAGCUGCCUAAAAAAUUUGAAGCUGACGCUCCAACCGUACCGCAGUGUGGCGAUCUUCUUUCGCGAUUGCUCUGCAUCCGCUGUGGCACAACUUUCGAUAACCGUACCGACCUUGAUCGCCAUGUUACGAACACCCAUCGCUCGUUGAAGUGCAAACAUUGUGGUGAAGUCUUCGAUGGUUAUGCAAAACUCAGAGCCCAUGAGUUGCGUCAACGAGCACAG